CAUCACUCAUACAUGGGCACUUCCCGGUCUCUCAGUGCCCGUCUGGCCUCUUUAGAGAGGGAGAGAAGAGGGGAGAGCGACAUAGAAUCUGUCUCUUCAUAUGCUUGUGCUAUAUUUACGUUCCUCCCAACGGUUCUUUACUUCCUUUUAUUUGGUCCGCCUCGUGACCUACUCUCCAAAAACUCCACCUCCUCUGUCUCUCUCUCUCUCUCUCUCUCCCCUCAAUCCUUCUGUUUUUGGUGCUCAAUUUCCACAGCAUAUACAGUAUUCGAUUUUCUUUAUUGGGUAACUUUCCUCUCUGGGAAAUUUCCAUUCCUUUUCUCCAUCUGCCAAGACCCAGUUACUAAUUCCCUUGAUAGUUUCAGUCACUUGGGUUUUCUUCUCUCUCUAGGGUUUUGGGACACUUUUUUUUCAAGAGAGAAUAGAAACAUACUAUGGACUUUUUGGGGUUUCGUUUCUUGGGUUUUUCUGAAACAACCUUCAACAUUUUUCCCAUCAAAUUUUGAUUUCUUUGCUCCGAUUUUGUGUUAAAGUCCCACAUCACAUCGGUGGGUUCAAAGAAACCCAAUAGGUUCAAAAAAACCCAUUUCUCAGGUGUUCUUUCUUUUUUAAUCACACAAAAACUGCUUGGCCUUUUCCCACUUUUCACUUCAAAUACCCAAUACCUUUUGUUUCGUCUACUUUUAGGGUUUAGGGUUUUGUACCUUUUCAAGUUCCUUUCUGUCCUUCUAAAGCAAAGAUUUUAGCAACUUGAAUUUCAACAAUUCCAUGACUUCAUCUCACCUGUUGUGUAUGCUCUUCAAUUCAACAGCCUGAGUUUUGUUUGUGUUUCUAAGUUCUCUGUCUUUGCCUUUGGUUCCUCGGAAUCAUCAAAAGAUGUCUUCGUGUCUAAGAGGCGGCGGAAGAACCUAUGCCUUCGAGCUUGACAUAGUCAAAUCGCCGUCCACAUCAACCUUCACCUCCACUUCUUCUCCGUCCUCAACUCUCUCGGAAUCCAGCAACUCCGGCCUCGCAAUCUCGACGAGAAAACCUCGUACCCCUCGAAAACGGCCAAACCAAACAUACAACGAAGCCGCCGCAUUGCUCUCCACAGCGUACCCCAACAUCUUCUCUUCCAAGAACUUCACAAAUCCCAGAAAAUUCACUAAACCCCACGACUCUUUCUUCGACCAAUCCUCAGAAUUGCUCCUGCCCUUCAGAGUCAUCGAACCCGAAAAUGCCGGGUUCUUGCUCCACCUCCCAAUCCGGGAAAAACCCAGUUCCCAAUUCGAGCCCAAGUCCCUGAAUUCGUUCGAGAAGCCGUGCCGGAGUCCCGGGGAAUUCGAUUCCCAGCCGAAUUGCAAUUCCGAUUCCAUGGAGUUAUGUGACGGGUACAAUUUUCAAGAGGAAGACUUCGAUGCGGAGUCGAUUCUCGACGAGGAAACUGAAGAGGGGAUUGAUAGCAUCAUGGGAAGUAUGAGUGUGAACAUGGACUUGGAGGAUGAGUCUAACAAUGGAGGUGAGCAAAUGAAUAAUUCGAAUCCGAACCCGAAUUCGAACUGGAAUUCCUGUUAUGGGUACCCAAUGGGGCUCGGAUUUGGCGGGAAAUUCGAAUUCGGGUUCGGGUCGAGAAGAGGAGUGAGGCCGUUGAGGCACGUCGAUGAUGGGAACUGGUGGAGUUUUCCCACCGUCGAUGUUCUCGAAAUCUCGCCCAGAUUUAACAAAUCUCAGUCGUGUUCCGCCCCAGCUCCAGCCGCGGCCACAGCCAAGAAGAAGAAGAAGAAGAAGGUGGAGAAGCUAUUGGUGUUGGAAACGAGAACCGCAGCGGAAUUGCCGAAGGAGGCGAAUCCGAUUCCGAAGCCCCCGGUGGAGGAGGAGCCCGGGCUGAUGCUAAAACUGGACUACGACGACGUUUUGAAUGCUUGGUCGAACAAAGCGUCGCCGUUUUCGGAGGAAAUGCCGGGAUCCGAUGCGGCGGGGAAUGAUGUCUCUGCCAGGUUGGCGCAGAUUGAUUUAUUUUCAGACGCCGGAGGACUGAGAGAGGCUAGCGUGUUGCGCUACAAGGAGAAACGUCGUACCCGCCUCUUCUCUAAGAAGAUUAGAUACCAAGUUAGAAAAGUCAAUGCCGAUCGACGGCCUAGAAUGAAGGGAAGAUUUGUUAGAAGGCCACAUUCUAGCGCAAAUGUUCAAAGACAAAAGGAAAUAUGAUGAUUUUCUCUUUGGAUCAUGGCCAUAGGACACACUUUCUGGCCCCCUCUUUCUCUCUUUCUACCCUUUUCCCUUUGUUGUAUUAAUUAAUUAAGUAAUUAGUUCUCCUGUUUUGUUAAUUAUUUUGACUUUUAUGUUUCUCACACUAGCAAAGAAGCCAAAGAGAUGAAGACUAGACUGGUUACUUUUUUAUGGGUAAAGAGAUUUUGUUGUAGGAGGCACAAGUAGCACAUAAAUCAAGUUAUUUUAGUUGAAAUUUAUUUUGGGUUGUUAUCUUCUA